AACAAAGCAACGGUCUUUGUCGUCGUUAGCGUGAUUGAUUUUUACAAACGUUAAAAUCGAAAAUGUGUAUCGAAGUGUGAGCUGCCGUUAGUUUCGCAGCUAGAUAUUAGUAAUAGCUAUCUUUUAGUAUAUUUAUAUUAAUAGUGCGAAGUACAAAUUUUUCAAUAUGAAGGAUCCUUUUGUUAAGGAUUCGGUUAUCGAUUCGCCGGCCAGGGAGAGCCUGAGAAAUGUGGAAGGUUGCUACAACAAGAAUAUAUUUAAGACUAGUUCGUUCGCGAACUCCCGGCGUGCAUUGCAGUCAGGUGCGGAUAAAAUAUCAAGAACUUUUCGAAGCGUAAGAAACACCUUCGGGAAUCUGUCACAGCAUUUCAGAUUGGGAGGCAGGCGCCGUCACCGCCUUACUGAGCCUCCGUCUCCAUGCAGGACACCAACAACACCAGUCAUGAAGAAAAAACAGUCCGGUCUUUCCCAGAUACUGGGGAGAAGUCCUACAAAGCUGUACAGUCCUUUUGGCAUCGAGACACCGCACAACCGGGACUUCAGGAUGUCACCUUACAUGCCUGAUACACCGGAUCAUGGUUUGUCACCAAAGCGGCGCAAAGGCGUCACCCACUCAUGGCAUAUCCUCGCCAAGAAGAGACCCCGGGCGCUCUUCCACUGAAACUCUUACUACAUGUAACUAUCAACGCACAAAUGUAUCCCACCGCUUAAUGUAAAGACUAGCUUCUUGAGCCUCUAGAUAUUGGGCGUCACAAGUGUAGGUCUGUGACGCUCUGCACUCGGAAAUCAUUAGCUACUUGAACUGUCUUGUAAUAACUAAGGCAGCUGUUAGAAAACGUAAAUAAUUUAUUAAUGUAGCCACAACACAAACUAUUGCAGUGACCACUUGCAAUAUUAAACUGUCAAACACCAAGCGGUCACCGGUGACCGCAACCUAUUCUUCUAUAAUUGUGUCUACAAAACCGGUACUCGACGAGUUAACUUCAGUUCUUUCAGAAAUUAACUUAUUUUACCAUUUCAAAGUGCCUAUAUCCAGCAGUGGCCUAAAAAGCUGAGAUACUAAGGAGCAUUUGAGAUGACCAACAUCUAGAGGCUUAUAUUGUCGAUAUUUUGUAUGCAAUUGGUGCUAUACUCAUAGUAUUUUCUUAUACUUUAAAUACAUUCGCGAUUGGCUUAUUCCCAACAUAAUAUAAUAACUAUUAUAUAAUAUGUAUUUAAUAAUACAUUAAAUAUUUAUAAGGGUUGUCUUACCAGUUGGUAUGUUAAAGAUUUAUUUGCUUUGUUCAAAACAUAAUGCAGAAAUCUUGAUGAAAUGGAAUGUAUGGUGUACAAAUGAUAUUAAUUUAUCAUUUCUAUAUAACAAUUUUUUUAUUUUGCCCACCGAUUAUUGAAUUUAGUUGAAAGCAAUUUCAAGUAGUUCUACUAAUUGCUAAUGUAUAUGUACUUACAUAAUAUAUUUAGUAUUAUAUCAUAUCCAGUAUUAUGACGCCAAAUUGUGUAGCUUUGAGUACAAAUUGUAUAAAUAUACUGUCAAACAAAAAUGUAGUGAUAAAUGUAUGUAGAAAUAAGGAUUAUGUUAGACUAGUAAUUUAUUACUAUCAGUUAUUCUUUACAUUACUAACAAGCUUAGAUAUUAAAGAAGAUAUUUGAUAGUACGAUGAACUGAAUCGAAGAAAAGGUUGGCCUUGAAGGAAGGAGAAAGAAUGAAUAGUAUUAAAGUCCACUGCUGGAUAUAGGACUGAAAGUAGGUAUAGUUAGGGACGCCAUUUUGCGUCACUCGCAUUUCUGUUUGACAGAGUAACACGUACAUAGAUUUUUUACACUAAUACGCUUCGCAUUGACAAUAUUGUAGUCGCCUAUUUAUAUUUAUACGUAGGUUAGGAUGGUGUGAAUUUUUUUCUGGAAUCUCUCGAAUUUUUCACUUUAUUGUCGAAUACAGUUAGCGUCAUUCGAAAGUAUGUACUGUACUAGGUAGCUAGUAAUUUUGGAAAAUUGUAUGAAGAGAUGUUGAUGGCAACUUGGAUACGUGUAAUGGCGUUGACUGUACUUUAAGACUGAUUGUCUUGUAGUUGUAUAUUUUUACUUUUAAUUUCUCAAUCGAGGCUCAAAUGUACCUACCUAUUUUUAUCAGUAUGUAUUAUUAUUUUUAAAAUAUUUUCACUUGUAUUUAAUGCAUCGGCUAUGUGACACAGCACACAGUGUCUAUUGAUAUGAAUAAAAUUAUAUUUGAUUUCUUUUUUA